UAUCAAUGUUUUGAAUACAAAACAAAAAGGUAAAUUUUGCUGUAGUCAUAUUAAUUACCUAAAAUGCAGACCGAAGAAUUGCGUGAGAGCUUUCCUGUUGCCAAGAAACCGGUUAAAGACAAUCAAAACACUGAUGUUCAUAAAUGUGUACUGUGUGAAACUGUAUUGUCGUCAAAAUUAGAUUUACAGGAGCAUUUUCGAAAACAUGGAAAUGGAAGUAUUGAUUCCAAAGGAAGACCUGUCACUAAUAAGACACCUCCUCCUAACCCAGUCUCCAGUACUGUGAAGUCAAAGAAUGUUACAACUGUACACUGUGAUGUGUGUACAGCUCAGUUUGAAACUGUGACCCAGGCGAUUCAUCAUAAAUAUAAACAACAUCCAAAUAGUCAGUUGAACCAUUUUUGUAAAUUCUGUGGAAAACAGUUCCCUCUAGAGGUUUGCAAGGAUAUGCAUAUACGGGCAGAGCAUAGUACUACACAGAAGAGCAAUAAGAUUUACAAGUGCAGACUUUGCUCGGUUGAUUUCUAUUCUGCUAAAGCUGUGCAGGCUCAUGUACAAAGUUCUCACAAGUAAGUAAAUUUUUAAGCAGGGG